GAGAGCAAAGUUGAGCAGCCGGCCUUAGCGAAUGCCAGCAGGUCACCAGAUGUGAGAACAACAAUCGAUCUUGAGAGUGAUGAGAGUCCCAGUCCCAAAGCGGCUACUUUGAGGUAUUCCCCAAGCACCCCUGCAGAGAGUGCUCCUGGUAGUGUUGCCCAAAAAAAGGAACCACAAGACAUUUACACGGAUGUUGGCAUCUUUGGUGACUUUCCAGACACAGGGGAUGAGAUCCCUGAAUAUGGCAACACCCAUGCCCCGAAGUUUGAGAAGCAUGAACACCACCUUUCAGAAAACGCCAUUCGUUGCCGAGCAAGGCGUAUUUUUACGCCCCGAGUUGAUGGUAGCAAGAAGGUGUCUGAGACGGUCUUUAAGGAGUGGCAUUCCAAAGGGCAGCCUCGGAAGAACCUGGAACAAAUCUUUAAGCAAUGUGGAUAUGAUCCAGAUACCUUCGUGGCCGAAGUCGAAAUUCUUCGUUCUGAGAUGCAAUCGACAGAGUUCGAGAUCGAAGCUGAAUUCUUGACCCAUGAUGAAAUGGAAUCACGAGGAAUGACACCGUCUCGCAUUGAGGCCAUCAAGAAGCACUGUGUCACAAACCCAAAAAAGCUCAUGAGGCGUGACCUCUACGAGAAGACCAUGCGAUACUAUUGCGAGAUCAGUGUCAAGACGAAGUCCAAGAAAGCAUCCCGAUUGGAGAUCAACAAGCGAGCAAAAUUUGAGGAGAGUGGGGUCUCAAACAUGAACAUGGACCUUCAUGAUGGUGGCAAUGAUGACGAUGACUCGGACAUAGGUGUGGAUGAAGAACACGUUGAGGAGGAGGUUGAAAAGGAAAAGCAAGUGACCAACCGAAAGAGUUUGGGUAUCCCAGAGUUGGAUCCUGAUGCCCUUCCGAGCAGCCACGUCCAGAAAUACUUGACUGCUUUGGCAAAGCGGUUGACAAAGGUGCAGCAGCUGCUUCAAAAGUUCGAGGACAAAGAGCUGUCGGACAUCCAAACGAAGUUGAAGGAGACCAUUGUCAACUCCAUCAACGCUCUUGAGAAAGAUCACCGGGAUUUGUCUGAACUCUAUUCCCAGGGGGUGGUGUCUGGCUACACCAAAAAGCCCUUCAUUCCAAAGAAGGCACCGGCUGAAAAGACUGAAAAGCCCGGCGGACUGAGGGUGAAAUCGAAGGCCGCCAAGGCCAAAGCUAAGGGUGCAGCUAAGGCAAAAGCAGCUUCCAAAGGAGGAGCACCUGCCAUGCCAGCGACUGGCAAAAGGCCACAUAAGUAG